AUGCAGUACAUCACCCUUCUCGCCUUCGUUAUGGCUGCUGCCGCGCUCCCGACGCCGAGUCUCACUACCAGCGCCGAGCCCUCCGACGCCCCGGCGUACGGCUUCGCAGUCCCAUCCGAGGCGUUUGCGAUGCCUUCCGGCUUCGCGAUGCCCUCUGGCAUCUGGGGCGGUGAGGGCGCUGCACCCUCUGGCCUCGGCGGAUUCUCCAUGCCCUCUGCCUUCGGGUUCCCCAACGCAGUCCCGUCCGCCUUCGGCCUUCAGGCGAGGCAGGAGCCGACACCUCUGAGCGCGGCCGUAGCGCCCAGCGACACCUCCAUCGCGAGCGUGCUCGUCCCCGGCGCUGCCAGCCAGGCGUCCCCGCCCGCGCCCAGCACCUCGCCCGCGACGAACGCAGCGCCCACCCAGGCCGCCUCGCCCUUCGGCGGGCUCGGCGGGUUUGGGGGCAACGGUGGAUUCGGCGGCUUCGGGGGCAACGGUGGCUUCGGCAACUUUGGCGGCAUGGGAGGCGGCUCUGGCUUUAACUCCUUCGGUGGCGCGGGCAACGGCAUGGGCGGCUUCGGCGGUGGAGGCUUCCCCUCGUUCGGCGGCAACGCUGCCGCGCCGUCCGGGAGCGCGCCGCCUGCCUCGAACGGUAUGUUUGGCAUGGGGAACAUGGGCGGAUUCGGCAGCAUGGGCGGCUCUAACGGUGGCUUCGGAGGCUUCGGUGGCUCGAACGGUGGCUUCGGAGGCUUCGGUGGCUCCAAUGGUGGCUUCGGCGGCAUGGGGAACAUGGGAGGAUUUGGUGGCUUUGGUGGCUUCGGCGGCGGCGCGCCCGCCGCGACAGCUACGCAGGCGCCUGCCUCUACGGUUACACAGGUUCCUGCCUCUGCGGUCACGCAGGCGCCUGCCUCUGCGGCCCCUGAGGCUCCGGACGCCUCUGCGGCUACGCAGGCCUGAGUUGCUCUCACGGCGCAGGCCUGAGUUUCUCUUACUGCCCAGGCCCGAAGCUCUCUCACGGCGCAAGCUUUAGGCAUUAUCGCACCUCUCCUACUGAACCACCGUCGAUCAUCGCUAUCGUAUUCGCUAUCCACUAAAUACUCGUCUGUCCUUACUACCGCGUCCUUUACCCCCGUGUACCGCGUCCUUUUCUUCGGUGUACCGACUCCUUUCCCCUCGUACUCUAAUACCUUUCGCUCGCGUACCGCGUCCUUUUCCAUCGGUACUGAGUCCUUUCCCUCGGUACUGAGUCCUUUACCUCGUGUACUGAUAGAGCCUUUCCGUCCUAUCCUAAUCCCUUUCCGUCGUGUACUGAGUCCCGUCGCUUAUACACCGAGUCCUUCUUAAAAUUCGUCGUCUUUGCCACGCUC